GCAGACAUGCGGAAUCUUCAAACGACGUUAAUAUUCCUACAAAUCAUCUCGCUAUCUCUCUGUGGUUGGUUACCAGUCGAACGUGAGGUGAAAAUAGAGUGGGAUCCUGAGUCGACACCUUUAGAAAUUAAAACUAAUAGUGUGCUGGGGAGUAACGAUCAUGUGUAUGUGUUCUUCUACUCAGCUGAGGGACAGCUUUCAGGAGGAGUCGUCCUCCGCUUCGGCUCUACUCCACAUUACUGGCUCCUCUACUGCAGCCCAUCCUACACUAACUUCCCUGUUAAACUCCCCUCUACUGCUGACAAGGUUUGGCGUAUCACUCUAACCAGAACUGCAGGUGUUAGAAUAGUGAUACAAUGUAACGAGGUAGAGGUGCUCAACAUACUACUCUCUUAUUCAACGUGUAGGUAUCCGUACUGGAGGUCGUACUGGAACAGAGACGUGGCAAAAAUACAGUUCCAUUCCUCCGACACAGCAUCUGAUUACUACGGAUCACAACCAGUGAGCUGUACGGGACUGAAGGCUGAGUGGAGAACUGCAAUCAGAACAACAACAAAGUUCCCAGUAGUCCCAGGAACCGUGGUGGAAGUGAAUUGUAUUGAAUCCAGAGCUCUCAAUAAAGGGAGCAGCGAGGUGACCUGCACCUCAGGAACAGAAUUUAUUUUCAAUCUAAAUGAACCCGAGUGUAUAAAUACAGGAACAAAGACGAUGAUGUAUAAAGUCUAUACGAAUGUCGACAGAAUAGAGAUGAACAGGAAGAAAGUGAGAGAAUAUCAGCUCCAAUUAAUCUAUGAGAAUUCAAGAAUACAUAUUAAAGAAACGAGCUUCAUGGCAUUGAUAAGUGAUGAAUACCUUGAAAAAGACACAUAACUCCAUCACUACCCUUACUCAUUAGGAACGAACCUUUCAACUAAAAAGACAAAAUGUGAAUCCUUUGUUGACCAUUUUAUGAGCUGUGAGCAGAACGAAGACGAUGCUGUAUAAAGACUAUACGAAUGUUCAACAGGAAGAAAGAGAGGAUAUCAGCUUCAACCAAUUAAUGCUCGAAUUGAAGAAUACAGAUUACAGAAACGAGCUUUGUGGCAUUGAUAAGUGAUGAAUACCCUGAAAAAGACACAAAACUCCAUCACUACCCUUACUCAGUAGGAACGAACCUUUCAACUGAUAAAAAAAAUGUGAACCCUCUGUAAACCUUUUUAAGCAGCUGUGAAUAAAUCCAGGAACGAGCCUCAUGAUAUAGAGAGAAGACACAGACCUCCGCCACUGUGAGAUACUGCUGUAACCAGACAUUUCAAGCGAUCUUAAUGAACAAUUUGACUAGUAAUAGUAUCAACCUACCACUGAAGAUGACCCUUACUCAGUAGGAACGAACCUUUCAACUGACAAAACAAAAUGUGAACCCUUUGUAAACCUUGUUAGGCAGCUGUGAAUAAAUCCAGGAACGAGCCUCAUGAUAUUGAAAUGAAGAUCACGAGAAAAGACACGGACCUCCGCCACUGUGAGAUACUGCUGUAACCAGACAUUUCAAGCUAUCUUAAUGAACAAUUUGACUAGUAAUAGUAUCAACCUACCACUGAAGAUGGUAAACAUUGUACACCAUACCGAACAGCAGAACCGGUGUCCCUUUUGACAUUUUAAGAAAUGCAACCGAUUGAUAAAUGGAAUCGGAUUUUUUUGAGAGAUAACUUUAAAUCAUUGUGAACGUUUUUAUAAAUCGGCAUUCACCGAGAAAUUCAGAGAUUUAUUUUGAAAUUUAUAAAAUAAAUGUUGUGUGGAGUGUGAUUAUUUUCUUUAAGGUGUAUAUU